AUGAAACGAAACCGUAGGAAAUAUUUGAGAUGUAAGCACCCGGGCUGCCCCUGGGCGUUCCGCACGGCGUCGAAGCUGGUCCGGCACGCGCGGCGCCACACGGGCGAGCGGCGGCACGCGUGCGCCUGCGGCCGCGCCUUCCGCCGCCGCGAGCACCUGCGCGAGCACCAGGCGCGCCACCGCCGCGGCAAGGACGGCGGGGACGGCACCGGCAGACGGCUCCGGUCCCGCGUGCCGGCGCUGCCGGGGGCGGCGGGGGAGGCGGCGGGGGAGGCGGCGGGGGCGGCGCGCGGCGAGCUCACGGUCAGUGGCGGCGCCUCGCCUCGCGUCCGCACGCCGCCGGCCCGGGGAGGAGGCGCGAGGCGGCCCCGGGGUGUGUCCGGCGACGGUGGAUGCUGCGGUCGUGUCGGUUCCGACUUUCGUCAGUUAAAAAAGGCGGGCGCCCCGUCGAGGGCCCCCGUCCCGCGUGAGCCGGCCGGGCGCGGGGGCGGGGGACCUUUGGGAGGAAAAAGAAAAGCUUUUUUUUUCCGCGAGUCCCCUCCCACCGAGCCGCCUCGCGAGGAGAUCGCCGCGCGAGGCGGCUCGUUCCGCUAUUUAAAGCCGGCCACACACACUAGGUUAUAA